UCACCAAACACUGAACUCAGUGUCGUCGUCUCUCUUUUCAUAUCUGAAACAUCGCCAUCGCCAUCAUCAUCAUCAUCAUCUUAUCAAUCUUAUCAAGAUAUAAUUUGCCAACAAAGCCAUCACACUCAGAAAGAAUUCACUCCCACACAACAAUGUCCCUUUCGUCGGACUCUGAUAAUGGGACCCAGCCCAAAAUCCGACCCGCCGGCGCCACCGAGCUCAGCUGGUGCAAGGCGGUGCCCGGCGGCACCGGCAUAACCGUUCUCACCAUCCUACUGUCGAAGCCAGCCGACACCCAAUUUCUCCAAAACGCCCUCCAGAAACUCCAAAUGUCCCACCCGAUCCUCAACUCCAAACUCCACUUCGAUCCCGUCGCCAACUCUUUCACCUACGUCAUCCCCCCAAACCCCCACAUCCAAAUCCAGCCGUUCGAUCUCAAUCAACGUCCCAGAUUCUCCGGACCAAUUUCCCCGACGAUUACGCCUCUGCCUCCGUCUCCCACUUCCACCUCAUCCUCGAACACGAACUGAACAACAACUCGUGGCAGAAUCCCGACCCUUUAUCGGACACCGAUGUUUUCUUCGCCAGCUUGUACACUCUGGAGGAUGAUAAAUGGGUUGUUGCCCUUAGGCUGCACACGUCAGCCUGUGACAGAACAUCGGCGGUGGCAUUGCUCAAGGGGCUAUUGGGGGUGAUGGUGGAGGAGGAGGAAGGGGUAGCAAUGGAAAAAGGAAAAGAUGCGGAGGUUAGUUUGGGGAUUGAGGAAUACUUUCCUUCUGGGCAGGGGAGUAAACCCUUUUGGGCUCGAGGUGUGGAUAUGUUGGGGUACUCUUUGAAUUCUUUGAGGCUGUCGAAUUUGGAUUUUAAGGAUACGGUUUCGCCCCGAUUGUCGCGUGUCGUUAGGUUGAAGAUGAAUGCGGAAGACACUCGUCGGAUUCUAUCUAGUUGCGACAAGAAUGGGAUAAAACUGAGUGGGAUUUUAGCUGCAGCUGGAGUAAUUGCCUCUCAUUCAUCGAAAAGGGUUCCUUACGACCAAUGGGAAAAGUACGCAGUUGUAACACUCAUGGACUGCCGUUCGAUUCUUGAUCCAGCGCUUAGCAGCCACCAUGUUGGAUUUUAUCACUCUGCAAUUCUCAACACGCACGACAUAGAAGGCGGGGAAAAAUUGUGGGAGUUGGCAGAAAGAAUCCAUUCAUCGUUCGAGAAUUCGAAAAGCUACAAGAAGCAUUUCUCAGACAUGGCUGAUCUGAACUUCUUGAUGUGCAGGGCGAUUGAGAACCCUUCAUUAACACCGUCAGCAUCGCUCAGAACUUCAUUAAUAUCCGUCUUUGAGGACCGAAUGAUCCAUCAGUCAAACAAACUGCACCAGGCUAUUGGAUUGGAGGAUUUUAUUGGGUGUGCCUCGGUCCACGGUAUAGGCCCGUCUAUCGCGAUUUUUGAUACGAUUAGAGAUGGUGCAUUGGAUUGCGCCUGCGUAUUUCCGUUCCCUUUGCAUUCGAGGGAGCAGAUGCAAGAGCUUAUCGAUGAUAUGAAAAGGAUUCUUUUGGAUGGGGCUACUUGAUGCAGGUUUUUCUUUUUUUAAUAAUAAUUUUAUAACCCUUGUUCUUGAAAUGUGGUAGUUCUGUUAGAUCUUUCAUUAAACUUACAUUUCUACUACAACUUUUGUUGGGUAAUAAAAAGGCUGUAGCCCUUCUUCAGCUA